AUGUGCUACAACUACUAUGGAAACUCCUGUGGAGACUCUAGCUCUGGCUCUGGCUGUGGCUAUGUUUAUGGCUAUGGCUUAGGCUGUGGCUAUGACUCUGGAUAUGGAUCACACUGUGGCUCUGGCGCUGGCUGUGGCUCUAGUUGUGGAUAUGGGUUAGGCUUUGGCUAUGGUUGUGUCUAUGGGUCUGGCUGUGGCUAUGGCUGUGGAUAUGGCUUAGGCUGUGGCUAUGGAUGUGGCUACGGGUCCAACUGUGGCUAUAGCUGUGGAUAUAGCUCUCACUAUGGUCCUGGAUAUAGCUCUGGCUGUUGCUGCUACCGACCAUUUUGUUAUAGAACCUGCUAUUCCUCUUGCUUUUAA